AAGAACACACAAAUAUAAUUUCUAGUUACUUAAAAAUUAUAAUUUUAUCAAAACCGACGAAGUUAUUAACCGAUAAAUAUACAGUUACAACACAGAUAAACAACGUUUACUCGUAGUAAAUUACAGAAAUUACAAAUAAUAAUAACCUUCUACAUGUUAAUUAAAUUGGUAUUCAACGAUUAAUUGCAAUUGUUCAACGGCCGAAUAAAUGGCGUCGCCCAAUACGCGAAUUAAUUCCUAUUCGAGUUUGAGUCGAUGUAAUGUGUGUGUAUUGUCGAGGAUGUAUGUAUAAAAUGAAUUAAAACAAGCAGCUGUUUGCCGAUAGCUCGGUUUUUAGUCGGUUAGUUCAGAAUUCACAACGAUCAACCAGAUAGUAGUCCGGAUGGGUUAGGCACUGUUGGUUAGUUGGUUUGGUUUGGAAAAACGUGGAGUCGCUUUGUAUUAUGUAUUUGUGGCCUAGUGUGAUCGGAACGAUGCAAAUUUGCUAAUUUGAAUACCCGAUUUUUUAUCGUCCGAUCCGAAUCGAAAACCAUGCAGGAGAACCACGUGAUGCCCGCCGCCCCAUUAGUGACCAUCACCGAAGUAGCGCCCAGCAUAGAAAGCCUGCAUGAAUCCUCCGUGGAAGAUGAGAACUUCAAAGACUCCAAGCUGUGCAUCGACCACACGUUCCAGCGCAGAGAGUCCAUCCUCUCCUCCCAGAUCAGCCUUUUCGUCGAGAAGACCAGCCAGAAGAUUCCCGACGGCGGAUGGGGCUGGCUGGUCGUGCUGGCCUCGUUCGUCAUCAACAUGCUCUCUGACGGAGUGGGCUUCACCUUCGGCCUGUUAUACAUCGAGUUCUUGAACGAAUUUGGCGCCUCGAAAUCCGCCACAUCGUGGAUAGGCAGCUUGUUCAUGUCGCUGCCCUUAAUUGCAGGUCCAAUUGGAAGUGCUUUGGUGGACAGAUACGGGUGCAGAUCUAUGACAAUCAUAGGUGGUAUAAUAUGCACCGUAGGAUUAGCCUCUAGCGCCUUUGCUAGAUCCAUAGGGGUUAUGUAUUUAACCUUCGGGGUGAUUGGAGGUUUAGGGUUGACUCUAUGCUUCGUCACGGCUGUGGUAUCUAUAGCAUUUUGGUUCGAGAAAAAGAGGACAGUAGCACUGGGCCUGGCGGCUAGUGGUACCGGAUUCGGUACCGCCGUUUACUCGCCUCUAGCUACUUGGUUUCUAUUCGAGUACGGCUGGAGGGGUACUCUGUUGAUAACAGCUGGUUUAUUUGCUAACAUGUGCGUGUGCGGGGCGUUGAUGAGGGAUCCCGAUUGGAUCAUAGAAGAAGAUAACGAGGAAAGGAAGUUGAAGAAGGCGAGGAAGCGGAGAAAAUCCAGCGCUUCUUCCAUCGACACGGAAUGCUUGGAAGAAAUAAAACAGACUCUCGAAGGCGGUGGCGACACCAAUUAUUUAUUAGAAGACGUAGACGCAACGCUGGAUUUAUCAGAUAAAGACAGAUUCAACUCUGCAGUGGAUUUACCCACAUUCGUUAGACAAAACGAAGAAGUACCGCUGGAAGUGUUGAAACUCUUAAGCGAAAACAAACAACUUUACAGUAUUAUAGUGGAGAAUUACCCGAACAUACUAUCGUGCAAAAGCUCGUCGGAGCACCAAUUAAACGCCACCGGCCCGGACCACCACACGUCGAGGGUACCGGUCCGGUUCUUCAUGAAACUGAAGAAAUUCGAGGACCAGCCGGAGCCGAAGCACCACAAAAAAGUCAACAUUCCGGAAAUCGCAAUCGAUUGCGCCCCCGGCGAGGGGACCCAAAUGCUGGCCGAGAAGCCAGAGGCGGUCCCGCAGGUGGCCAUCGCGAAUCCCCACAAAGGCAUCCAGUUGCUCAGAAGUCUCUCGGUGAAGGCGAAAACGCAAAUACAGCCGCAAUCCUACCUGAAGAACAUCAGGUUCAGGAAGAAUUCCAUCGGUUACAGAGGAGCGAUGUUGAACAUUCACAAAUACAGAAUGAAGGCUUCCAGUUGUCCGGACAUGUAUAAAAAUUCGAUGGCAACGUUGUUCCGGGAAGAAGAGAACUGGUACGACGAGUUUUUGGAUAUUUUAAGAGACCUAACAAACUUUUCUCUGUUCUUAAACCUGCAUUUCUUGAUCCUGUCGAUAUCCACCGUAAUAUUGGACAUCUGGUUCGUCGUGCCCUAUUUUUACUUGGCUGAACACAUGAAGAGGAACGGGUACGAGGAUUCCGACGCCUCCUUGGCGAUUUCCGUUAUUGGGAUAACCAAUACAAUCGGAAUGGUGCUGUUGGGCAUCGUGGGAGACAAACUGAACAUUGCGAAGACUUACUCGAUUUGUUUAAUUCUGUGCGGAUUCACCAUUGCAGGAAUGAUAUUUUUCACGUCGAAUUACUACGUUCUGUUGACCGCCGGCGGGUUUUUCGGAUUGUUCUUCGCCAGUUCCAUCAGCUUGACCCCGUCGUUGCUGGCGGAAUUGGUGUCUUUGGAUGACUUCACCAUGGCGUACGGGCUCCUGUUGUUGUCCCAAGGAGUCGGAAAUCUCGUGGGCCCUCCAUUAGCAGGUCUUAUAUUUGAUAUGACCAAUUCCUGGGACCAGUCAUUCUACCAAGCUGCUUUUUGGAUAGUAAUAUCAGGACUGCUGGUGGCUGCAAUACCUUUUACGAAAAACCGAACUCUCGGUUCCAAAUCAUGACGCAUCGAAAAAUUGAAAUUGUCUCGCGAAUAAUUGUACAUGUUAAUAGAUUUUGAUAACAUUAAAUACAAAAUUGAUUUAUUCA